AUGAAUAAAAAAGAUAAAUUUAAAUUCGAACAUGAAAAACCUAAUCCCGAAAUAAUCGGCCAUCACUCAACUCCAGAAACAUUUUCUAAAUUGUUAGUAGAGUUAUUAGGACUUAACCAAGUUCAAGGUCAAAUCAUUUAUGAUGGCGGAAUUGGCGUUGGUGGUCUUUCAGCAACAGUAGACACUAAACAGCAAAUUCAAGAAGAGUUAAUAAAAAAAGAAGCCUUAUUAAAACAAAAAGUUCUUAACUUGCUAAUUCAAAAAGAAGCCGCCACUAAAGCCAGUAUUAAUUUUCCCCCUCCGCCUCCUCCACCAGUAGAAAAAGAAGUCGAAAAUAAUCAGUUUAACCAAAUUGACCAAAGAGUAAAGGAAAUUGAUCAAAGGUUGGAAGAAAUUGAGGAUGAUGUUUUGGAAAGCGACAAUAGUGUUUGUGGAUUAUUAAAGAGGUUGAAAAAAAGAGAACUAAAAAAAGCCCAAUUAUUAGAAGAAAUGAAGAAAAAACAAGAAUUACUCAGAGAAGCAUUAUUAUAUAUUGAUAUGAGUAAACUAAAAAACUAUGAAAAAGAAAAAUAA